GUAGUCACUCUACUUGCUGUAGUGGCACUCACUGCAGUGGCAUUCGUUGGAGCCGCCGAUCCCGAAUGCGUUUAUCGCAAGCUGCGCAGCCUGAAACCCUAUUGGCCGAAUCCUGCCAACUGUUCCAGCUACUACCGCUGCUCUACCAAGAAUGUGGUCCGUGCUCUUAAUUGCCCAAAGGGCAAGGAGUUCAAUCCCAGGAAUGGUAAGUGUGCCCUAGCUGGACGAGGACUGUGCAAACUAAGCUUGGCCGCUCCAUUGGCUGAGGACACAAAUCCAUGUGCUGAUGAAGUGAACGGUGCUUUUGUACCCAAUAGCAAUGGCUGCGUCGAUUUCUACAUUUGCAAUGGUCAGCUGGCCUAUCCCCAAAAGUGUCAAUCAGGCAGCUACUUUAACACAACCAGCGCAAGCUGUGUGCCUGAUACCACAAGCCAGUGCUGGCAAAAUCUGUGCAUAGGCAAGUCCGAUGGCACUAUUAUCCCGGACAGCAAACUGUGCGCCACCUACUAUGAAUGCCAAAGCGGAGAGACCGAGCAGGUGCAAUGCGCCAGUGGUAGCUAUUUCGAUAGCUCGCUCGAAGCGUGCAUAAUAGAUGAGGACAACAAGCAGUGCUGGGAGAAUUUCUGCAUUGACAAGGCUGACGGUUCUACGGUGGCCGAUACUGAAGAUUGUAACGUUUUCUACAUAUGUACAGACCAAAAGGCACUUGCUCAGAGCUGCCCCGAUGGCAGCUACUUUGAUAGUGACACAUCGAACUGUGAACCAGGCGUGUGUCCCACUGACAACGGAAGCACCACUCCAGGCGACUCUAGUUCAACACCAGCGGAGCCCUGCGAUAAUGAAUCAACUCCCGUAACUGAGCCGUGUGAUGGAGAAACAACACCUUCACCAGCGCCUUGUGAUGAAGAAACCACUCCAGCAACAGAGUCCUGUGAUGAAAUAACGACUCCUGCUACAGAGCCUUGCGAUGAAGCAACUACUCCAGCAACAGAGCCCUGUGAUGAAGAAACGACUCCUGCUACAGAGCCUUGCGAUGAAGAGACAACAUCUUCACCAGAACCUUGCAAUGAAGAAACAACAACGCCAGCCCCAGAGCCCUGCGAUGAAGAGACUACUACCUUGGCACCCCCAAGCGAUUGUUGGAACGGAGUCAAAGACGGAGACCUGGUUGCAGACCCAAAUAACUGCAGACUAUAUUCGAUAUGUCAAAAUGGCAUUUUAGAGCCUCGGGACUGUGAGAUAGGCAACUAUUUUGACCAGACCAUUGGUAUUUGUGUAGUAGACAGUGAUAACAUUUGUCCAGACAAUGGCGCCAACGACGAGGACGCAUGCAGUGAUAAUGACCAGACGAAAUGCGGUGCGGAUUGCUGGCACUACAAAAAGUGUGAGAAUAACAAGUGGGUCGAUGAGGCUUGCGGCAGUGGACAAUACUUCGAUGAAACCUUGGGUGUUUGCGUUAUUGAUGAUGAUCAAAAAUGUCCAGAAAAUAGCGCCAGGUCGCACAGUGAGCGGUCCAAACGUAGUGCCGCAGAUGACUGCGGCUGCGAAGGUGGCAUUGCUGAUAAUAGUAUAGUGCCACAUCCCACGGACUGCGAUAAAUAUCUGGUAUGUCAGAAUAAGCAACUGAUACCGGGCAAUUGUGGACCUGGAAACUUAUUCGACAGAGGCGCAGGUGUAUGUGUGCCGGACAGCCUGAGCACUUGCUGGAUUUGCAAUACUAAGCCGAACGGCUAUAUGCUUCCCAAUCCCAAUCAAUGCAAUGGGUAUUACAGUUGCUCCAAUGGUCUGUCCACUGCAAAGACAUGCGCCCAGGGUGAAUAUUUCAAUGGACAGGCAUGCGUUAUCGAUGUCAAUGGCUUGUGCAUAAACCCAUGCAGCUGCGGCAAUGGCAAGGUGGCACAUCCUAUUUGCACCAAGUACUUCCAAUGCACAGAUGGUGUACCGAAAGUGAAGAAAUGCGCCGCUGGAGAAGGUUUCAAUGCCACUUUGGGACAAUGCCAACUUAAAACAACUUGCAAAGCAACUUUAUGUCAUUUAGUAGCCGAUGACACCACAUUCCCCGUCGUGGACGAUGAGACAAGGUUCUAUUUGUGUCAGAAUAAGCAACCAUUAGUAAAAUCGUGCCCUACAGGCUAUCUAUAUGAUGCCACGGAAAACUUUUGCCAGCUACAGCCCAGCUGCGCGUGCAAUCAAACUCUAUGCAAGCUAGAAAUCGAUGUCUUCCCGACACUCAAUGGAGAUAAUACCCAGUUCUGUCUCUGCAGUGAAGGUAGUGCGUAUUUAAAUCCCUGCGCUACGGGCUAUAUAUUUAGCGCGGAGGACGGCGUUUGCAUUUUUACCGGCCCUUGUGAUCCAAAAUCUUGUUUGGGUAAACAAGACUACUCGGUUACGUUCAACUACGAGGAUCCCGAUUCGUUCUGCUUGUGCGUUGCAGAGCAACCAAUUCCAGUGCUCUGCCCCCUUGGCUACACUUUUGAUGUCAAUCUAGGCAUUUGCGUUAUUGCACCACAGCCAGACCCAAGAUGCUGCAGAAACUACUGUGUGAAUAAACCAGACUAUACUACCUAUUCGCCGUUGGUCUCCACUGAAGGCUUCUGCCUGUGCCUCAAUGAUGUGCCAACAUAUUAUGAUUGUCCCGAGGAUAAAAAGUAUGAUCCAACUGCUGGCGUUUGCUUGGAUAAGGAUCCGGAAAGUCUAUGCGGUAUCUGCGACAGUACAGCCUGCAACACCCUCCUCGAUUACGAACCGUAUGAAGCCUUAAACACAACAUCAGCUUUCUGCUACUGCAAAGAUGGCACACCAAAUUACGUAAAUUGUCCCGAAGAUACGAUAUUUAAUGCUACCGUGGGUGUAUGCUUAGAGCCAUUUGAUCCAUGCGCUGGUCCGAUAUGCGAUGACGCAAAAUGCUGCAGUGUGCUCGAAAAUCAAGCUUUCGCCACUACUAGAGGAAACGACGGAUUUUGUAUGUGUAGCGGAAAGGUAGCCAGCUAUUACCCCUGCCUAGAAGGUACAGAAUUCGAUGCUGAUUAUGAAAUUUGCCUUGCGCCUGUGGAACUGAUAGCUAUCUACUGUGAUCAAACCCAGUGUGAUACGAGGGCCAGCAAUCAACCCUUUGCUUCACGCAAGGUCAACGAUCCAACAGCCUUUUGCGCCUGCGUUGAAGGUAUAGCCAAUAUUAAUAAUUGCCCAGAGGGUCUAGUUUUCGACAGUGACUUAAGUAUCUGUGCAAAGCCACAGGCACCUGCUACAGUCUGUGAUCCUACAGUAUGCAACCAGGAUUUGGAGGAUCAAACGUUUGAGGCUAGCAAUGGAACGGCAGGCUUUUGUGUGUGCACCCAAGGUCAGGUGCUCUAUGAAUCAUGUCCGAGGGGCAAGGAAUACAAUGUGAAGGAGCGUGCGUGCCUUCAGCCUGGAACGAUUUUUAAAGUAUCAGCAUGUGAGGGACAGAAGUGCUUCUACCACGAUAGCUUUGAACCAUUCCCUGCUAAAAAUACAACUCGAGGAUUCUGUAUGUGCGUUGGCAAGACAGGUAUCGCCAUUUAUCGCAGCUGUGAUAGUGAUGAAACAUUCGACGAGGGCCUUGGCAUGUGCAUCUCCGAAACGAAUGUGUGCGAGCCCAUACGCUGCAUCAAUCGCUUGAAGUUUGAGCCCUUCCCAGCGAGAAACACUUCAACUGGUUUCUGCACAUGCGAGGGAGCCAAGGAUGUUGCCCUUUAUCGCGAUUGUAGUCCUGGUCAAGUUUUCAAUCGCAAGCUGGCGAUGUGCACGGAACCAGAACUAAAUGAGGAAGAAAGCAUAGAAGACAGCCAACUCGAGGAACACUCUUUGGAAAAAAGAUCAGUGGAGUCGGAAGAAAACAUUUGUCGGGCUGAAGAGAAACGUUCAGUGCCGGCAAACUGCUCUCAAUACGAACUCUGUUUGGAGAACACCUGGCGUCGUAGAAGCUGCCCCGACCAACGAUAUUACAAUCCAGAACAGCAGCGUUGCCUUGAACCACGAGACGACACGGUCUGCAGCUAUGCCAAGGUCAGUGGACUUCCGACUUGCAACAAUCGCACUGAGGGCCAAACAUUGUCGAGCAAGAGUGGCAAUUGCCAGCAAUACUUUCGCUGUUCACAACACAAAUGGCAUCUGCGCAGCUGCCCAAAGCUGCAUCACUACUCGCGGCGCAUGCGCACCUGCAUUUUGUCCAAUGGAACCGAUUACUGCGAGCUGGAGCGGCGCCAUCCCCACGAGUUGGCAGCAAACCGCACACACAGCUGCCAACACACAGCUGUCCGUCCCGCACCCUCGAGUUGUGCCCAAUUUUUGAUGUGCCUCGACAACGAAUGGUGGUAUCAGCAAUGCCCCCUCGGCAUGUACUUUAGUCUGAAGCAAAACUAUUGCGUCCCCAAUGAUGCCAAACAGUGUGCUGAGGCAGAAGCAGUGCCCAUGGCCCUAAAGGAUGAGAUCCUGGGAACCAAGUGCAAGCGCGAACAAGCCACGCGUGCCUCGCCCAACUCUUGCAAUUCCUACCUUCUUUGCAACAAUGGCACAUGGCAGUCACGUAGCUGUGAUGCUCUGCACUAUUACAACGCCACCUUGGAGACUUGUACUCGCGAUCUGAACAAGACAUGUGUAGUAGGCUCAAACAGCACGAUCUGCAUCAGCGGGCAGCGAAGAGCAGUUCCCACCAACUGUAACGGCUACGAAGAAUGCAAAGAGAAGCAGUGGAUGCGUCGCAAUUGCCCGAGCCAGCAACAUUUUGAUGAGCUACUGAUGCAGUGUGUGAACAGCCGUUGGACUAAUUGUCAGGGUAAUGGCCUGAGGCGUGCCUGUAAUGUGGGCGAGAUGCGUCCGUUCCCUCUCGCAGCCAACUGCACCCAGUUCUAUUACUGUGAGGAGGAUGUCUGGCAGGUGGGCAGCUGCCUCAAGGGUCACACUUAUGCCAGCGAUGUGAGCGCCUGUGUCCCACACGCGGCCGACAACAAAUGCCAGCCCGUCUGGCAGCUCAGUCAGAUCGGCAGUAAUGAAUGUGUUGAUCGAGAAGAUGGCGAAGCUGUGCCCCACGCCGACGAUUGUACGCGCUUCUAUCUGUGUGUGAAUCAGUUACCCUCCCAUUUGCAGAGCUGUUCGACGGGCAGCUUUUUCGAUCCCAACCUGGGUUAUUGUCGACCCAACGAUGGCACCUGCGAGCCUUCGCUUACCCAGGAUGUCUGCGCUGGUGCCAAGAACGGUACACUGAUGGGCUACGCAAUGGACUGCCGCGCCUAUUACAACUGCUCCGGCAGCAUCAAUGCUACACAGCUGCUCUACUGUCCAAAUGGUCAAUAUUUUAACACCACGGCGUCGCAGUGUCGCGUGGAUAGGGGCCAGUGUCAACAAGAAAACGCAACGCAGAGUAAGUGCUUUGGUCAGCAGCAUGGUACACGGAUAGAGCACGAACUCUACUGUAAUCUUUACUAUGCUUGUGUGAGGGGCCUCGCCAUACCUGUGGCGUGUCCGGAUCAACAGAUGUUCAAUGCGAUGUUGGGUCAAUGCGUGGAGGAUGAAAAGCAGCGCUGUGAAAAUGGACAGCUUGUCGAUUCUGAGAAUAAUGGAACGGAUUACAGUUGCGGCAGUCUGAAAGAUGGCACAUAUGUGCCCGAUCGCAAAGACUGCACGAGAUAUUACAUAUGCUCCGAGGGCAUGGCACUCCAGCAGAAAUGCGCUGCCGGCUCCUACUUUGAUGCAGAGCAGCUGCUAUGCGUCCCGGACGAUGGCUCCUGUCCAUAUGUAAGUAAUGACCAGCCCGCGGAUGAUAAUUUCCCGCCUGAUCCGAUGGUGUGUGAGGGAAAGCACGGUCUCAUUUUGGCAGAUGGAUCGAAUUGCAACAAUUUCUACAUUUGCAUUUCCGGCAAGCUGCGACACGAGCGCUGCUAUUCGGGUUACUUCUUCAAUGCCACUUUAUAUCAAUGCCAGCCCUUUAACGCUACCUCAGAGGGAACAGAGGCCCCCCCAAUUGAGGAAGAUGGUCCUACAAAAGCACAGCCCCAGCAACAGUGCACCGAUGACCCAAUUGAUUUCGCCGAUCUUUGUGAUGAGAUUGGCGAAGGUGCCUCCAUUGCCGAGCAAGGCGAUUGCCGUCGAUACAUAAGCUGUGAGGAUGAAGAGCCCACCUCGCAACGGUGUCGCAAUGGCGAGAGCUACGACAGCAUAUUGGGCAUUUGUCGCCAGAACGAUGGCACCUGCCUCAUGGAGAAUGGCGAGCGAGUGGGCGUAUGCAAUGGCAAGCAUGGACAAUUGGCCAGAGAUGUGGACAAUUGUCGCGGCUACUUUGUGUGUGUGAAUGGCCAAAAGAUUGAGAAUGAGUGCGCAAAGGAUGAGUUUUUCAACAAGACAACAAACAUGUGUGAGAUAGACGUACUCCAGGAAUGCAAAAAUGUUGUGUCUAAGAAAACGGAGGCAUUACGACAGUUAGAGUGA